UUAAAAAUGGCGUCAUGGUCUCAGCAUUCUGUUGCAGCACUAUCCGUUUUUGGUUUUUUAAUGUGCUGUUUGUUCCUCUCCGGAUGAUACAAGUACGCGGAUACGAGGGCUUCCUAGGAAUCAAAAGAUGGCGCUGCCCGUGUUGAGAGGUUGUUACAGGUUUCCAUCGACAUUUAGCUUGACUCGUCUCUUUUUAAAUGAAGGUGUCAUCCUGAACCGGUCCGGCAAAACGCGGCUACCUCCUUCGUCGGCCGCCGGUGCGGCGGCAGCCGUCCGCCCCUACAGCACCGACGGCGGAGGGGAAAAACAGAACCAGAAGGUGGUGGUAGUCGGGAUCCCGAACCCUUUCAUCUGGUUCCGCACCCGGAUUUACUACUUUCUGAUCAGGGCCUACUUUGACAAAGAGUUCAGCAUCGAGGAGUUCACCGAGGGAGCGAAGCAGGCCUUCUCCCGUGUGUCCAGGCUCCUGUCACAGUGUCAGUUUGAAGCUCUGGAGGGGCUUGUGGCUAAAGACUUGAUUGGAAAGCUGGAGGAGAAGUGCAACCUGCUGCCACUGAGCUACAAGAAGGCCCUCUCUGCGGACCCGGAUGAGAUAAUGUACACAACCCCCGGGGACGUGGGAAUCUACUAUGAUGAUAACGGGAGAAAGUUCGUCAGUAUUCUGAUGCGUUUCUGGUAUCUGACAAGCGCACACCUUCCUGACGACACCAUGGAGGGAAGUCGUAUCUUCCAGGUGGCCAUUGGUGGAGAGGGAGAAGCCGAAACGAAGAGACUGUUAACUGCAAAUUAUGAAUUCCAAAGGGAGUUUACUAAAGGUGUGCCGCCAGACUGGACCAUUACGAGGAUAGAGCACUCCAAGCUUUUGGAUUAAGCUGGUCUUGAUUUGAGGAAGACGUGCCAGUGGAAACUAAUCAAAGACUUGAAAUUCUCUUCAGUAUUUGGUUUCAUAAAUUGAGGACAGGGCAGCUCAAGAUUAUCCACAGAGGGAAAACAAGACGCAGUUCCUCACUGGGAAGUCAGAGGAAAGCGUCAGGACGAACUUGGAUUCAUCCACCAUUCACCGUUCACCUAGGUGCUCUCCAGAACUGUCUGCACUAUGUCAUUGUUUCUGAUUAUAUUCUUCCCAAUCUCUAAUAUCCCACAAACCAAUGAUUAGAACUUGACUAGCUUUGUUUGGAAAGGUUUUGUAUAUUCGGGAAUUUGGUUAGAGGAAUCAAAUAUUAUUUUCAAAUGAAUCAUAGCCUUAUUUUAGCUGUUAUAUAAUACCAGAUGGGCGGGGUUUACUGCAAAAGACUUAAAAUCAAGGUUAGGUGACCCCAGAAAUCAUGUGCUGAUUUGCUGACACUAUCUGACCCAAAAUCUGAUGAUGUGACUGAAACUUUUAAAGUCUGUAAUGAGAUGGGGUUUUUUUUUUUUUUUUCCCCCAGUCUUUGAUUUGCUGCUGCAUACACUUUAAAUGCAGAAUUUUUUCAAAAUUAAAAACAGGCAAAGACGUGUUUUGGCAUCAUAAGCAAUAUGUGAAACUUCUCCCUGAAAGAAAACGCAGUGUCUUGUGUAGCACCUGAUCUUGGGCACUCUCACAUCUUUAUCGCCUCUAUUUUUGAAGACCGACUGGUUUCUGAUACUAUAUUUCCCAUUAGAGAACUUCUGUUGCUCUGUGUAUGAUCUUGUGGUAUAAAGGUGUUACAAUUCAA